AUGGUUCUACCAACGAGAUUAUCUUUCAAAACGAUACGUUUACCGUAUCAUUAUCACAAUCUAUUUGUUGUGACUUUAUUUUUGUUUACAUUGAUUAUCAUAUUAAUCGCUGCAUAUCAUGUUUUUAAAUUUGGAGAUACUCCACAAAAUUCAAUUUAUAAUGCAAUUGUUUUAACUAAUAUAAAUACACUACCCACUGAGGUUUUAAGUGCAGAUUCACCAGCAGCUGACAUUACCAAUUCUUCUUGUACAUAUUUUAAUUGUUUCAACGUAUAUCGUUGUGGUAGUAGAGGCAAUAAACCUUUAGUAUACGUAUACCCUCCAAAAAUAUAUUUGGAUGGAUCACAUAAACCAAUAACUAAUCAAAUGACUAAAGAGUUUUAUCAAAUCUUAAAUGCUCUUAUAUCAAGUAAGUUUUACACUUCAAAUCCUCACGAAGCAUGUAUAUUUGUUCCCUCCAUCGAUACUCUCAAUCAGAAUAGAUUGAAAUUGCAAGAAGUAUCGCAAGCAUUGAAAACAUUACCAUUUUGGAAUGGCGGAGAAAAUCAUUUAAUAUUCAAUAUGGUACCAGGAAGCGUUCCGGAUUAUAACACAGUUCUCGAUGUAUCAGUUGGAAAAGCUAUGAUCGCUGGUGCUGGAUUAUCUACAUUAACUUAUAGAUCUGGAUUCGAUAUCAGCUUACCUGUUUACAGCUCAUUUCUAACUAAUUUCAAUAGAAAUAUUAAAAUUAAAAGAAUAUGGUUACUUAUGUCGUCUCAAAUUAAUAUUAAUUCUGCUUUUGAACAAGAUUUAAUAGAACUUAAAAGUUCUUUUCCAAAAGAAAUAUUAUUACUUGGCCCAUGUUUACAAUACAGUCCUAUGAAUAAUACAGUACGCUGCGCUGGAAAAGAUGUUUAUAAAUAUCCCGCUGUACUUCAAACAGCCACAUUUUGUUUCGUAAUACGCGGAGCAAGAUUAGCACAAAGUGUUUUAUUAGAAGCUAUGGCAGCUGGUUGUAUACCAGUAAUUGUGGCAGAUUCACUGGUUAUGCCAUUUUAUGGAACGAUUGAUUGGACAAGAGCAGCAAUAUUCGUUCGCGAAAUAGAUGUUCUACAAGUAAUAUCAAUAUUAAAGAGAAUAUCUCAGCAAAGAAUAAUAGAAUUGAGAGAGCAAGGUACAUGGCUUUAUAAAAGAUAUUUUCAAUCAAUGCAAAAAAUAACAGAUACAACAUUAGAAAUAUUAGCAGAUCGUGUGUUUACAAAUUUUGCAAGAGAUUAUAUAUAUUGGAAUAUACCUACUCAUAAGGAUAAAAUUUCUCCACUUUUUCUACCAUUAACUGCUCCCAAGACAAGAGGAUUCACAGCUGUUAUUUUAACGUACGACAGGCUAGAAUUAUUAUUUAUUUUAAUCAAUAAAAUUGUAAAAGUGCCAAGUUUAUCCAAAGUUUUAGUUAUUUGGAAUAAUCAACAAAAAGAUCCACCUCAUUCUUCAAGAUGGCCAAAACUAACUAAACCAUUAAAAGUUAUUCAAACGAAAGAAAAUAAAUUGUCGAACAGAUUUUAUCCAUAUGACGAAAUAGAAACCGAAGCAGUACUUUCGAUAGAUGACGAUAUUAUUAUGUUAACGACCGAUGAAGUAGAAUUUGCUUACGAAGUUUGGAGAGAAUUUCCAGACAGAAUAGUAGGAUUUCCAUCUCGUAUUCACAUGUGGGAUAAUACUACUAAUUGUUGGAAAUAUGAGAGUGAAUGGACUAAUAGUAUUUCUAUGGUUUUAACUGGUGCUGCCUUUCAUCACAAGUAUUGGAAUUAUAUGUAUACAACUGCGAUGCCGGGUGAUAUUAAAGAAUGGGUAGACGAACAUAUGAAUUGCGAAGAUAUAGCAAUGAAUUUUUUAGUUGCUAAUACUACAGGAAAAGCUCCGAUAAAGGUGACACCAAAAAAGAAAUUUCGAUGUCCAGAGUGUACAAAUACCGAGAUGUUAUCGGCAGAUUUAACACAUAUGGUUGAACGUACACAAUGUAUAAAUAGAUUUUCAUCAAUCUAUGGAACAAUGCCGUUACAAUCUGUUGAAUUUCGUGCCGAUCCUGUACUUUUCAAAGACGUUUUCCCCGAAAAAUUGAAAAGAUUUAACGACAUUGGAAGUUUAUAAUAUUAUUUAAUUAAUUAUAUUUAACGGCCUUUUCAUGACAAAAAUGACAAUUCUCGUCGAGCAAUCGUAAUUGUUAAUUAAUCAAUUUCGAUUUUCAAAAUCGAUUCCCAUCAUAAUUCCACUGUCUUAUUAACAAGUUGACAGCUCCGACGUAGCAAUAAAAAAUGUACGUUGUUGUACUAUCGUGUAAAAUAUUAAUUAGAUUUUUGUAAAAUGUCUUGAUAAUAGAGUAUAUAAUUUUA